UCUUUCUUAGUACAGAGUUGCUUGAAAUAGAGUUGGCUUGUCCUCGUUCUGCUGAGGUAAUGACCACAACGAUAAAAUACACACAAAAAAUAGAAAAAAUCUUUUUCUUCCGUUUAGAUUUAACGUGAAAGCGAAGAACCAGAGGAAAUUACAGGCAGAAAGUCAUGCAUCGGGCGUAUCGAAGGUCAAUUAAGAAGAAAUGAAGAGUCACGAAAUGCUGACCGGGAAGGAUAUGCCGCAAGAUUUCAUCGCAAGAGAAAAUGGAAAAGCUGUGGUGGCAAUACAACCAUUAGAAAAGCACUAGGUUUGAUACAUGACAGAAGUCAAGACAUCAGCAUUAACGUGGAUGAAAAUCCCUUUCACAGGAGAAAACUGUGCAACACUCCAUUGACAUAUGCAACAUUGAGGAGUAAUGUGAUGAGGAAACGUAGGGAAAGAGGAGAGGAAGUUGUCUAAAAGCGUAGUGUGGUGAGGAAAACAUGGUGGAGGCGGUUUGAAGUCUAAACUUAUUUAGCUACUUCUACUGGAAAAGUUGUUUGUACUGGCUUUUUUGGUUGUCGGUGUGAUAUUUUCUGUGAGAUGGCAUCUGCGUCUGUUGUGAAAUGCAUGGUGAGCCCUAAAUAUGGAGGAAGUGAACUUUUUUCUGUGUCUUGUUGGGGUUUUAGUGGCCCUAAACUUGGAGGAACUUCGUGGCUGCUGAAUUUGGCGGCUAGAUCUCACAGGGUUUCGAUGACUGCGAUGCUUCCUCCUAAGGCCAAGGAAGUUGAAAAGGGUAAAAAUCAUUUCAUCAAACGUGAGGUUCAUGAACAGGUGCUCCAUUCCAUGCCACCUCAGAAGAUUGAAAUCUUUAAAUCACUUGAGGGUUGGGCAGAAGAGAAUAUAUUGACCCUUUUAAAACCUGUUGAGACUUCCUGGCAGCCACAAGACUUUUUGCCCGAUCCUGCUUCUGAGGGCUUUAUUGAUGACAUUAAAGAGUUACGGGAGCGGUCCCUUGAAUUGCCGGAUGACUAUUUAGUUUGUCUAGUGGGAGAUAUGAUUACGGAGGAAGCAUUGCCGACUUAUCAGACUAUGCUUAACACUCUAGAUGCUGUGCGGGAUGAGAGUGGUGCCAGUCCCACAUCCUGGGCUGUGUGGACUCGUAUGUGGACAGCUGAAGAAAACAGACACGGCGAUCUUCUCAAUAAGUAUCUUUAUUUGUGUGGCCGCGUGGACAUGAGACAGAUCGAAAAGACCAUACAGUACCUCGUUGGAUCGGGAAUGGAUCCACGGACAGAAAAUAGUCCCUUUCUUGGCUUUUUGUACACAUCUUUCCAGGAAAGGGCAACAUUCAUAUCACAUGGUAACACUGCAAGAUUUGCCAAAUAUCAUGGCGAUCUCAAACUAGCUCAAAUAUGUGGAACUAUUGCUGCAGACGAGAAGCGCCACGAGACUGCAUAUAUUAAAAUAGUUGAAAAGUUGUUUGAGAUUGACCCUAACGAUACGGUCAAAGCUUUUGAAGACAUGAUGCGCAAGAAGAUUUCUAUGCCUGCCCAUUUGAUGUAUGAUGGGCAGGAUGAUAAUUUGUUUGAUCACUUUUCAGCUGUUGCACAGAGGUUAGGAGUAUACACAGCAAGGGACUAUGCGGAUAUCUUGGAAUUCUUGGUUAAGAGAUGGAAUGUGGAGAAACUUGAAGGCCUCUCAGCUGAGGGAAGGAAGGCUCAAGAUUAUGUAUGUAAAUUGCCGCCUCGUAUCAGAAGGCUUGAAGAACGAGCUCAAGAAAGGGUAAAACAGGGCCAGAAAUGUGGUUUCAGCUGGAUAUUCGACAGAGAAGUAGUGCUAUGAAAUGUCGGGAAAUUUGAUAGAAAAUUAUAUUCUGAACAUAGUUUUAAUACAGUAUAGGUUAGUAUUAGUUGUUAGAAUUUGUCAAGUGAUUGUUUUAAAGCUUCUAGUUAUUAAUUUAUUUAAUUCGAUUGUCAUGUUUGGAAGCCUUAACAAAGGAUUUGAAUGCCUAGUCAGGUUUUUUUAGUAAGUAGUUUGUAAAAGAUUUAGUCAUUUUCAGUGAUGUAGAUUUUUAUCAGUUUAUAAAGGAAAAAAAUGUUUUGUCAAA